GAAGCCUCGUCUCCCCUUUCCCCAAUCCCGCCGACUCGACGACAGCUCCCUCCUCCGCCGCUUUCCUUAGCUCCGCCACAAGCCCCGGCCGACACCUGCAGCUCCCUCUUCCGCCGCUUUCCCUAGCUCCGCCACAAGCCCAGGCCGACACCUGCAGCUCCCUCCACCUACCCCCAUCUUAAUCCCCGUAUCAUCGCCUCCAGCCCUAGCCCCGUUCUCAAUCUGCAGGAGGACCUGUUUUCUGUAGCCGCGGCCGCCUCCGCCUCCCGCAAUCACAGCAGACUGAGUUGAGCUUUGCAACAUGUCUGAGAGACAGGAGCAGCUGCCAGCAGAGAAGAACAUUGAGUGCGGUGAUGUGCCAUCCUUUGCUUCUCCUGUGCCUCGUCUCCUUCCAAGUGAGGUUGCCAGCCCCACCUAUGCUACCACCCUUCUCUCUAGCCAGAACAAGAAAGGGCUCCUGCGCAGCAAUCUAGGCAUUGACUUAACGCCUUCUCCUAGUAAACUUCUUUCAAGGCAACCAGAGGUCGACUCUGAGCUGGUGGUUUCUUGUACUACGCCUCCAAUUCGGUUGCCAGACAUUGAAAAUCUAAUUCUGUCAAACGAGACAUAUAUGGAUCAAAACUAUUCUCCAACUUCUCCGGGUUCACCAUUUACUCCCCUCCAAUUGCCUCCUCCGAUGCUCAAGCCAAGUAUACUGGGCCAAAAUAUCUCCAAGGAAGAAGUUUUGGAUAAUUUUAUUGGCAAAUUUGUUGGUUUGGCUAUGAAAGGAUUUGAAAAAGUAGAUGCUGAGUCUGUGGAACCAAAUUUUACGUGGCAGUCAAGAACAUUUGCCAGUUUUGCAUUGGAACAACGCAACAAGGAUACAAAUAACAAGCAGAUGAAGUAUGAGUUAGUAGAGGCUACCAAGAGUUGUCACAUUAUUGAGGGAGAAGGAUGGUAUGUGCACGUGAACUUCAUUGCGAGGGCGGUUGAUUCACCAGAUCAGCUCUUUUUUGCUGAAGUGCGUCAUGAAGAUGAGAUUAAAGUUCUCACUUGUUUUUGCUGCUUGCAAGAGCACGAGCAAGUUGGAGGUCUUAAAACAAUAGAGACGCAUGAGCCGCCCGCAACAUUGGAGAUGGAUUUGAAACACUGCUAUGCUUGCAGUGAAAUUAUUGCGCAUCCGAAGAAUGGGGCGUCAUACAAGGCAGGACACAUUGCAUUUUCUGGAUAUUAUGAUGCUGAUUAGCAUCUGGUGUUGUCACUUAUAGAGACUGUUUAAACAAAUUUAGUUCAGAGCAUCAUGUAUAUGAUGCAUUCUCUAGAUACUAUGAUUAGUACGUGGUGUUACACUUGAUGAAAGUUGCGCCGUUGCUAAAUUCCUGUAAGAUUACGAAAUAUCGGUAAGAGAAUGAGUAAACUUGUUACACAGUUACAACUGCUUACUUUUGUGCGGUACAUGAGCCGCUAAUUAAGUUGGUUACUUGUUCUUGUUGGCUUGUUUCUAUUUGUUUGAUUGCAACAGAUGUGUAUUUGUAAUUCUGUAUCGAUAAAUAUUAGUUUUCUCCUUACA